AUGGUGUACCGUACAUGUGCCUCCCCCGGGGGGCUCGGGGUCCCCGAAAACUGCCACGCGGUCGCCAGCCCCACGCUCGGCACGCUUAGGGCGGGCUCGGACAGCGCCGGACGCUCGGGCGGUGGCUGCGUCUCUUUCUCGACCGCCGCAUCCACCGGCCCCUUCUCGGCCGCCGCGUCCGCCGGCCCCAGCUCCGCCGCUGUGUCUGCUGGCCCCAGCUCCGCCGCCGUGUCUGCUGGCCCCAGCUCCGCCGCCGCGUCCGCCGGCCCCAACACCGCCGUCGCGUCUGUCGGCCCCGUCUCCGCCGCCGCGUUCGUCGGCCCCGUCUCCGCCGCCGCGUCCGCUAGCCCCGGCUUCGCCGCCGCGCUUGCCAGCCCUGGCUCCGCCGGUGCGCUCGGCUCGGGAGCGCUCGGCUUGGGGGCUGGCGCCGGCCUCGGCGCCUCCGGCCGCCCCUAG